AUGAACCGGGUCAGAUUAAGAACACUGCCAUGUACACAUUUACAAUUAGUUUUACUUGUUCUGUCACCUUUGUUAUCAACUGCCCAGUUUUUUGAUUGCCAAACAGCCCCAGGGGAACGUAAGUUUAUAUUUUUGGUUUAAACUGAUCAAUACCUAAAAGUUUUGUUUAUUAUAACCUAAUUAGCUUUUUUAAAUUUUAGGAAUUAAAGAAAAUUAAAUAAAAAAAAAAUUUUUAAAUAAAAAAGCAAGUUUUGAAAUUUUAAGGUGCUUUAAUCCAAUAUUUUCAGCCUGGAGGACGAUCUGCCAGUCCUUAGUGAACUGGGAUGUGUCAGCUCGUCAAUUCCAACAACAACAAGCUCAAUUGCAACAAAAUAGAGUCGUCGCAGCACCAGCUGUGCCUGACCAACCAUGGUUAUCACCAGCGGUACCACAACAAAUGGCUACACAGCCUCAGGGCUGCAUGGACUUGGGCUGUCUUUGCUCGUUCUUACAGGUAUGUAGCUUGGCUUUGAGAUGUUUAAAUUAAGGUUGAAAGUUAUAUUGAGUUAGGUUAGAAAUAAAAAGUUUUUUAAAGCAAUUUGAAGAUUUUGGAGUAGUUUGAUACUUAUAGGCCUAGCUAGUUAUCUAUACCUAAAAUAACAAAACUAUACAUUGUAAAAACAUUUCUAUUGCAGGGCCUUCGCGGUCCCAACAACCAAUGUCAACUUCGCUCAGGAGGUACCCUUCAAAAGGCCGUUCGUCGCGAGAUCAGGACCUUAUCAGACGGCGAACGUCAGCGACUUUUCCAAAUAAUGCAGCAACUCAAGAACUCGGGCCAAUACGACUCGAUGAGUGGAGAACAUCGUGCAGUCGGCUCGUCAUCUGGAGCUCACUCUGGACCCGGCUUCUUGCCUUGGCAUCGUGAAUUCAUGAAGCGAUUCGAGAUCAGUUUGAGGUUGAUUGAUCCAAACAUGGCACUACCUUAUUGGGACAGUGUUAUGGACUCGUAUCUGCCUAGGCCAGCUGAUUCCAUCUUCUUCUCGCCAAUAUUUAUGGGUGAGGCUGAUGCUUUCGGUCAGGUUGUCACUGGACCUUUUUCUGGUUGGAGAACUCUGGAAGGCAAGGCUUAUAUUCAACGGUAAGGGUAUUUAAAAACAUAUUUUUUGGAUUUUUAAAUAUUUUUAAAAAGUUCCAGACCAAAAUUCCCAGCCAGUCAGUUCCUGAUCGUACCUGUUUUAGAAAACGUUUUUACCUUUUUAAUUUCCAGUUCGCUAGCCCGCGAAGGCCGUCUCUUCAACGAAAACGACUUGAACAAUGUCUACCGCCAAACCCAGAUCGAGCAAGUUAUGGCCUACACCGUGCCAGAACGAUCAUGUCCUUACCAACCCAACUUUGGCGCUCUUGAAUACACCCAUUCAUCUGUGCAUUUGUUUAUUGGAGGCGACAUGAAGCCGCCAGUAACUUCGGCCAACGAUCCCGUCUUCUUCUUUCAUCACUCGUUCGUGGAUCUGAUCUUUGAGAAUUGGCGACAAAUGCGACAGAACAGAUGGGCUAGAGAGCAGGUAAGAUAAUAUUCAUGGGCUGGAGAAGACAACAUAAGAUAAAAGUUGAAAAAACAUAGUUUUAGACAUUUUUAGGUAUAAAAAUAUAAAAUUUUAUGUUAAUUUAGGUAUAAAAUGAGAAAAAAAACUGAUUAUUGUUAAUCUAGUUAUAUUAUUAUGGAAUUUAUGUUAAUUUAGGUAAUAAAAAAGUUAAAAAUUAGAUUUUAAAUAAUAUAUUAAUAGGUUAGGUACUAUAUUAUCCAACUUAUAUUUAUUUGGUUAAAUUUUACAUAUAUGCAUUAUCGAAAAUUGAUAAAAUAUUGUCUUCUUCAUGUUAUCCACCCUUUCUUCCAGGCCUACCCACCAGACAUUCCCCAAUGUGCCAACCAACAGCACUUCAGCGGUGCAACGAUGAGACCGUACCAAAUCUCCAACCGUCAAGGUCUUUCAAACGCCUAUACCGACAAUCUGUACCAAUUCGCCGAGCGACCUAACUGCAACAACAACUGUGGCGGCUCUAAGUAUUUGUUCUGCGACAACCGCGGCAACCCACAUUGUGUGUCCAAAGUCAAAAUGAACGGUCUUUGUCAGGGCUUCGAAGGCUUUGACGUGUGUUAUCAAGGUCUGUGCAGAGGCGGUGUGUGUGUGCCAGGCCAAUUCCAAACACAACAAGACCUUCAGAAUCCGCAGACGACGCAGAGCACAGCUAUUCCAAGGACUACACAGGCUAGCAGAAGCACUCCACGGCCUUCGCUUAUCACGGCGGCUACACAAAGGGCUGCUGCUACUAUAACUAGGGCUCCAAAUCUGAAUUUGAAUGCAUUGGCCACGAAUGGGCCUAAUAAUAGGGCUCAAGCUGUAAGUUGAGGGGUUGGGAGGGGAGGGGGAGGGUUAACACAGCAAAGAUUGUUUUCAAUGACUAACUUUAACGUAAAUCACUGUACUAAUAUUAACUUACAUGUAAGGAACGUGUUUUAAAAUUAAAGUAGAACUUGUUGUAGAAUUAUUAUAGAUAUAACGACUAAUAUUAACUGUGGUAUUAAAAUAAAAUUGAGUUAAAAACUACUAUCAUAUUAAGUUAAGGUAGAGUAGAAAGUUUGUUACUUUUAUUCAUUUUGCUGCAAUAUAUGUUGCUUUAUUUGUUAUUGCUUUCUUUUGCUUUGCUUUAUGUUUCCACCAAGUGUCAUUGCAUGAUCAUUCAACUACAUAUAUAUCAACAACACAGUGCCAUGGUACAGCGAGCCAGUAUCUUCAUAUAGAGCCAGAAACAAGGCUGAUACGGACACGAAAAUCACGCUUAUCACUAACCCCUUUAACCUAUUCAUUUAACAUUUUAUACGCUUUUCCAACGGCGAUUUUAGCGCCGUCGCUUCCGUCGUCCCCGUCCUCGUGUCGCCGCCGCACCACCAUCCAUCAGUCCAGCCAUGUUCCGCCAACCACCUCCGCCUAUGUUUAAUUCUAAUGUUGCUGUAAUGCCUGCGCGACGCCGAUUCAAACAAAUAAGGCAGAGAAGUCCGAGAGAUUUUCAUAAUCGGGAAAAGAGAAAGGUCGAGAUCGAUGCCGUUACCAUGCUUGAAGACAAUGUAAGUUGCUUGGGGGUAGAGCUUGUUAUGCUAGAGUAACAUAAGGUAUUCUGGAUGAUAUUAGCCGUCAUUUUUUCUGUAAGGUUUGGUAAGAUAAUGUAGUUUGUGGUAAGGAAAAGGUAAGGUAUGUUGAAAAUGUAUAUAAGCUUACGUUUUGCAUUUUUUUGUGCUACAAGUUUUGCUGAUUCUGGUGAUGGUCGUACUGUAAAUUGUAUUGUUAUUAAAGCUAAAGAAAUAGUAAAAUAAAACUUUACAGAGUAAAAAAUGGUUGUUUACUAGUACAUGUAAAAAUAUAUAAGGUUUAGUGCUAUAUGUAAUAAUAUGUAAGGUUUACUACUACAUGUAAUACUAUAUACAAAAUAUCAUAUAUAACUAUCAACAACCUCUUGUGGUUAACUGUAAUACUGUCAAUCUAUAAAAGUGCCAAAACCUUCUUGCAAAACAAUAAUUUAGCUCCGAAACCCGAUCAAGCCAGCGGCCAACAUGACUUUGGCUACGGAACACUGCUUCAACGACGACCCUUGUUGCAACAGCUGGGCUAAGAAGCAGGAAUGUGCAGCCAAUCCAGCCUACAUGAAGUUGUACUGUCAACGUGCUUGUGGAGUAUGUCAUUCAAAUACGCCUGAAGGACAUGGAUGUCGCGAUAGACAUAUCGCUUGUGCUACCUACAAGGCGGAAGGACGUUGUAGCAGCUACAGACAGUUUAUGGCUACGAACUGUAGACGAACGUGUGGAUGGUGUAAUGUCAGUGAGAGGCAGUUAUGUCAACACGUCGCUAUGAUGAGCAGAAUGUAG